CAUAUUUCAUUAUUAUACGGCACUCCGUAUACGACAUAUAGUUCGUGGUCAUAAUCGGCAAUCGCCUGCACAGUUUCGUUAUUAAAUGUUUUGUUUUUAAUCUCGUUUUCAAUUUUUCUUUUGGCAAUUUGUUCGUCUCGAAUCUCGAUUGUGUUUAAAUGUGUUAAUUUUGGUGCGUUUUCGGCAAUCAAUUUUUUUUCGGUGUCGGCGCAAGGAUUGUGUUGCCAUGAUGCCGUCUUUAAAAUAUAUUCAACGACGAUGCCCGUGAAAGUUCGCGAUUUCAUAAUUAAUUAAAAUCGUACUUUGCAAUUCCCGCGUUACGUUUCGAUCGAGUCGAAUUUCUCGUUUUAAGAUAAAACCUCCGAGUAAUUCAACAAUGUGUUCAAAGUUACAAAUGCUUCCAUUUUGGCUUAGUUUAGUGUCUAUGUUGGUGCUUUCAUCGAACUGUGAUAUACUCAAGGAAACUUAUGCUCCUCGAAGCUCAUCCAAAGUCCGUGUAACAGAACCAACAGAUUCAAAUAAUGUUAAUGAUUCAUGCAAUGAUGAUAUUGCUUGUUUAACAAUGGCAACACAAGAUAGAGUUGGACUAGAAGCUAUUCGUUCAUUGCAUCGACAACUUGAUGAUGAUGCAGAUGGCACAAUAGAUCUUUCAGAAUCUGAUGAUUUUUUACGUGAAGAAUUAAAGUAUGAAAAAGGCGCAGAAAAACGACAAAAGGCGUUCCAUCAAAAUGAUGAUAUGUAUAUAUCUGUAAAAGAUUUAUGGGAUGCUUGGGUAAAAUCUGAAGUGCAUAAUUGGACUGUUGAACAAACAUGUGAUUGGCUUGCUACAUCUGUUGAAUUACCUCAAUAUGUUCCUGUAUUCAUCAAUUAUAGAGUUACUGGAGCUCAUCUUCCUAGACUAGCAGUCAGCAAUAUGCAAUUUUUAAGCAAUGUGCUUGGGAUCAAAGACCCAAUUCACAAACAGAAAAUUGCCCUAAAGGCGAUGGACGUCGUUCUCUUUGGCCCCCCAAAAGAGUCUAAUACACACAUUAAGGACUUAAUAUUAAUAACACUGCUAUUGGGAGCACUGAUUGGCUGUUGGUAUGCUUAUAACCAAAAUAAAAGUUCUACUCGUCAUUUAAAGCGAAUGAUGAAAGACAUGGAGAGUUUGCAAAAAGCUGAAACAGCUCUUGAAGAUUUACAGAGGGAAUUGGAAAAAGCUAAACAAGAGCAGGAGUAUGUUAGUACUGAGAAGGCUAAUUUAGAAAAACAAUUACAAGAACAGCAGAUUAAAGAUGAUAAUUCAUCUGUACUAAAAUCAUCAUAUUCCGAUUUGGAAAUUUCCCAACUUAAAAAUGAAAUCGAAAUGUUGCGCGGAGAAUUAGCUAGAGCUGAAGGCGAGCUAGAUGAUCGAUGUUGGACACCUCCACACGGGUUGCAACAAUGGUUACAACUGACACAUGAAAUUGAAAAUAAAUCUUAUAUUAAAAAAAAACUUAGUGCUGAAAAGCAACUACAACAGGCUAGAGAAGCAUGUGAAAAAUUGCGAAAAAAGCGAUCGAGUUUGGUUGGCGCGUUUGUGUCGACUCAUGGAAAAUCAAUUGAUGAUGUCGACCGAAGUAUCGUAGAAGCAAGAACUUCGUUGAAUGAAGUGACUCAGGAACUAGCAGAAAGAGUUCAUCGAUGGAAGCAAGUCGAAUCAUUAUGUGGAUUCAAUAUAAUUAACAAUAACGGUCUAUCGCAAUUAGAGAACGUCUUAUAUAGAAACGUAUCAAAUGGUCGUAACUUCACUUUAAGAGGACGUAUGAGUAGUCAAGACGACCUUGAAGAUGAUUCUAGCCAAUAUUCAGUGUGUGUGGGUGGUACAGGGAUGUCGUAUCAAGACCUUGGUGCUUGUGAAAGUACCGAACAAUGGCAGGAAGGCGACCAGGAGUCUUCGGAGAGCGAUCAACCCGACUGCGAAGCCGAAGAUCAGAAAAUUCGCUCUUCAGAUACAAAACUUUGUUUCACCCUCGGCGACGACCAGUGUGAUGCGAAAUCAUCUACUCGGGUUGUCCAACCAUCAGAAAAAUUGUCAAAGCUACAAAGUGAAAGCGAAAGUUCAACUCUAUCUGAACAAAGUAAUGUUCCUAGCUCUUUCCGCCAUUCUAGUUCAGAAUCCAAUAUAGAUCAGAAACAUCGUAAAAUAUCAAAAACAUCUAGCCAACAAGAUGGAUCUGUGAUAUCAGUACCAAGCGAAGUCUCUGUAAAGCGUAUCAAACGGCACAAACUAUUUCCAAUAUUUUUGUCAGCCAAAAGUAAAGCCGGCAAGUCUAACCUAAAUACAAACGUCCCAGUUGGAAAUGUCAAAAAAUGACUAUGAUUUAUCGUUUCCUCUAAAUUAUAAACUGAUGAUUGUAUAUAAUUUUGAUUGUGAUAAUUAUGUGAUUUGUAAGUAUAGAUAAAUCAGUGAUUUAUUUAUAACGAAUGUUUUUGUAUAAAAGCUAUAUUUUUUAAGCACAAACAUAAUAUUCCAGUGACUUAAAAAAGAAAAUUAUUUUACGCAAUUGUAAAUGUAUUAUUUGUUAACAUAUUUAUUUUGAAUUUAUAGAUGGUGCCUUAAGAAGUAAUUAGUUUUGGUACUUAAUUAUUUAUAAAAUGGAGAUUGUAAUUUUACACAUAAGUUUUAAGCGGAAAAUUUGAAGACUGGAAAGGCUGAGCCCCCUUCAAAAAUUUUGUUUUAUCUCUAAUUAAUUACAAUUUUUAAUUUUAAUUUUAGUGAUGCGAGAGAGAAGUGCAUCAUAGGUCUUAAUAUUUUAUCUCUUCUCUCCUCCUUUGUAAUAGAUUUCUGCAAUAGCGUAAGUUUAGAUACAGCAAAUUAACAAUUCAAUUAUAUUUUUAAUGUAAUAUGAGAAAAAAGACAUUUUUUAAGUUUUUAAGUUAAUAAGAAUGUAUUAUUAUUCAUGAUAAUUUUAACAUUUAACAAAAAACUGGUCUCACAUUUCUGAUAUACUUGUAAGAAUUGCGAAAAUGUCAAUUUUAAGUUUUUUUUUUAAUUUCCUUACUAAGUAUUCCACCUUUAAAUCUAGACAAGUUAUUUCAGCUCGCUCUUUCUAAUGGUGAGGACAACAAGUUAUACCGUGAUGGCGUAUUCUUUUUCAAUUUCGGAUACAAACAAAAAAAAUGAUUUUUAUAGGUACAUCAUGAACUAAUAAUACAUAUUUUAUUGUGCAAUUGUUUUAUUCAUUGAAAAAUGUUAUUUUUUAAAAGUGUAUUUAUGUACCUAAUACUAGAUUAAAAAUGAUUACAUACCUAUCUAAUAUAGACAACUAUGGUUUCUAGAUAA